UUUUUCGCUUCAGGUAAAAAUUUCAGCUUGAUUCUCUUCCGGGAUCAGAUUAAAUAAUUCAUGGUGCGGUAACUGGCUAGUGGCCAUGCACUUUCGUUUACGGCAAAAGAAUCGACGUCUACGACGAAUGGUGGAGGAAGGACUCAUACCGCCCCCACCGGAGAUGCUACCGAUGGGCAAGCACGUCCUGGAUCAAAAACAGAUUGACGAACUGCCCACUCGCAUUAUCCAAAAAGACGAAGACGAAGCGCAACCAAAAUCUAUUUCUUCAACUAAUGGAGCACCAACCUCAGAUAAUACGACAAUGGAUCAAGCGGGGACGACGGUCACGCCAGCCCCGACGCCGUCGGUGACCAUCAAUUUAGCCAAACGAUGGUCAGUGGUGUCAGAACAGGGAUUCAAAGCAGAUGACAUUGACGAUGAUACGUGCGUUAUCUGCCUUGAGGGGUUCAAGCACGGAGAGCUGGUGCGAGAAUUGCCGUGUAAACAUGAGUAUCAUUGCACUUGCAUAGAUCCAUGGUUAAAAACCAAAUCAGCCGAAUGUCCUCUUUGCAAAUUUGAUUGCUUUUCGCCACCCCCAACCGAAACUGUGAAACAAAAGUCCUGGCAAGACCGUGUACGAUCUGAUCCGUUAGGGAUCCUGCGGAGACUGUCAACGGCAACUCCUGAGCGAGAGGCAUCUGUUCCUUCUCAGUCACCAGCGCAACCCAAUAGACCGUGGAUGGAACGGUUGAGGCGGGCUAUGCAUCGAGAUUCUUCAAGAGAUGUAUCAUCUAAUAGCAUGGAAUUGUCCACAAGAUAGAUUGCAUUAAAAAAAAACAAAAGUGUGAUACAAACCAGAAGUUAC